AUGAAAUUAGGAUAUAAUGAAAUAAUGAUAACAUCAAAGUAUUUUAAUGAUAUUAAUGAUUUUAUUAAUUUAGAAAUUGGAGUUAAAAGAUUUCAAGGAAAUAUUGAACGAUUUCAUUUUAAUCCAAUUCCAUUAGAUUAUUAUUCAAGAAAAUUAUUUACUAAUAUUGAAACAUUUCAUAUUUAUAAUGAAGAAGAUGAAAUAUUUAAUAAUGGAAAAAUAUUUAAAAAGGUAAUAUGGUAUACAGUAAGUUAUUCAAAAUAUUUAAAAGAAAAAGAACAAGGAAAUAUCUGUAAAAAUAUAAUGUAUACAAAUUGUGAUAGAAAUAAAUAUGGAACUACAAUACCAUCAGAAGUUAAAUCACUUGGAUAUAGGUGUUUUGAUGAAUGUAUAUCAUUAAAAUCAAUUAAUAUACCAUCAUCAAUUAGUAAAAUAGGAGGUGAAUGUUUUAAUGAAUGCAAAUCAUUAACAUCAAUUAAUAUACCAUCAUCAAUUAUUGAAAUAGGAUAUGAUUGUUUUAAAGGAUGUUCAUCAUUAACAUCAAUUAAUAUACCAUCAUCUGUUAUAUCAAUAGAAUGUUGGUGUUUUAAAAGAUGUUCAUCAUUAAUAUCUAUGAAUAUAGAAAAUUUUCAUUUUAUUAGUGAAAAAAGAAUAUUUAUGAAUGAACCAGUGUUAGUUAGUACUGAAAUACCAGAAAAUCUACAGAUAGUCAAUGGAAAGAAUAUUGAAAAGAAAGAUAUUAAUGAAUUUAUUAUUCCAUCAUCAAUUAGUGAAAUAGAAGAUGGUUGUUUUUAUGAAUGUUCAUCAUUAAAAUCAAUUAUUAUUCCAUCUUCAAUUACCAAAUUAGGAGAUUGGUGUUUUAAAGGAUGUUAUUCAUUAACAUCAAUUAAUAUACCAUCAUCAAUUAAAGAAAUAGGAGAUUAUUGUUUUUAUUUAUGUAAAUCAUUAACAUCAAUUAAUAUACCAUCAUCAAUUACUAAAUUAGGUGAUUAUUGUUUUUGUGAAUGUUCAUCAUUAAAAUCAAUUAAUAUACCAAAAUCAAUUACAUCAUUUGGAGAUGGAUGUUUUUAUGAAUGUGGAUGUGAAGAAGAGUUAAUGAAAAAUAAAAGAAUACCAAGAGAUUGCUUUAACAAAUGA